AUGAUUCUUUGGCUGCUACUCGUUCUGUCUGUUUGGUCCUGGCCUGAUCAAGCUGACUCUGCCGCCAAUGAACGGCGAGUUGUAGCACACAUACCUGGUGACAUCAUCAUCGGAGCGCUGUUCUCUGUUCAUCAUCAGCCUCCAGCUGACAAGGUACACGAGCGCAAGUGUGGCGCUGUGCGAGAGCAGUAUGGCAUCCAGAGGGUGGAGGCCAUGAUGUACACACUGGACCGCAUCAACAUUGACCCAAACAUCCUUCCCAACAUCACCUUGGGCUGCGAGAUCCGGGACUCAUGUUGGCACUCAGCUGUGGCUCUGGAGCAGAGCAUUGAGUUCAUACGAGAUUCCCUGGUCUCCUCUGACGAGGCCGAGGAGUGGGGUGGGGGAGUUUCCUGGGGAGGAGGAGGAGGUGGAGGAGGAGGUGGAGGUGGAGGUGGAGGAUCGACAAUGAAGUGCUCGGACCCUGCUGCCACUCCGAUGCGGGGGAAGAAACCAAUUGUGGGUUUAAUUGGGCCAGGAUCAAGCUCAGUGGCCAUCCAGGUUCAGAACCUACUACAGCUGUUCAACAUACCACAGAUUGCCUACUCUGCCACCAGUAUGGACCUCAGCGAUAAGAGCCUUUAUAAGUACUUCAUGCGUGUGGUGCCUUCAGAUGCCCAGCAGGCACGAGCUAUGGUGGACAUCGUCAAGAGAUACAACUGGAGCUAUGUGUCGGCUAUCCACACUGAAGGCAACUAUGGUGAAAGUGGGAUGGAAGCGUUCAAGGACAUGGCGGCCAAGGAAGGCAUCUGUAUCGCCCACUCUGGCAAAAUCUGGAGCAACGCUGGAGAGCAGAGCUUUGACCGGCUGCUGGAGAGACUGCGGGCCCACCUGCCCAAGGCCAGAGUGGUGGCCUGCUUCUGUGAGGGUAUGACUGUCCGCAACAUCCUCAUGGCCAUGAGACGCCAGGGACUAGUAGGAGAGUUCCUGCUCAUCGGCAGUGAUGGAUGGGCGGACCGGUAUGAUGUAACAGACGGCUAUGUAAGAGAAGCAGCCGGUGGUAUUACCAUCAAGCUCCAGUCGGCGGACGUGAAGUGGUUUGAUGACUACUACCUUAAACUCCGCCCUGAAAACAACCAAAGGAACCCCUGGUUUCCAGAGUUCUGGCAACAUCGUUUCCACUGUAAACUAAAAGGUCACCCACAGGAGAGCAGCAAAUAUAACCGCAGUUGUAGCAAGCGAGAGUCGCUUCGGCAGCAGUACGCUCAGGACACCAAGAUGGGCUUUGUCAUCAAUGCCAUCUACUCCAUGGCAUAUGGUCUGCAUAACAUGCAACAGAAGCUCUGCCCAGGCUAUCAGGGCCUUUGUGAUGCCAUGCGACCUAUAGAUGGAGCCACACUGCUGGACUUCCUGAUGAAAACCAACUUCACAGGCGUGUCAGGGGAAGGCAUCUUAUUUGAUGUGAAUGGAGACUCACCUGGCAGGUAUGAAAUAAUGAACUUCAAAAAGAUGGGGAAAGACUACUAUGACUACGUGAAUGUUGGCAGCUGGGACAAUAGUGGCUUGAAGAUAGAUGACGAUGAAAUCUGGCCAAACAAAGACGCAUUUAUUAAAUCAGUGUGCAGUGAACCUUGCGACAAAGGACAGAUCAAGGUGAUCCGUAAAGGGGAGGUGAGCUGCUGCUGGACGUGCACCCCCUGUAAAGAGAAUGAGUUUGUGUUUGAUGACUACACAUGCAGAGCCUGUGAGCUGGGCUCCUGGCCUACUGAUGACCUCACAGGCUGCGAUCCAAUCCCAGUGGAGUAUCUGCGUUGGGGAGACCCUGAACCAAUUGCUGCUGUGGUCUUUGCCUGCCUUGGUCUGAUGUUCACUUUCUUUGUCACUGCAGUCUUCAUCAGGUUCCGGGACACCCCAGUAGUGAAAUCUUCCAGUAGGGAGCUGUGCUACAUUAUACUGGCAGGGAUCUGCCUGGGGUACCUGUGUACCUUCAGCCUCAUAGCCAAACCCCACUACAUCCUCUGCUACCUCCAGCGGCUGGGAAUAGGCCUGUCACCUGCCAUGAGCUACUCUGCACUUGUCACCAAGACAAACCGCAUUGCUCGGAUCCUGGCAGGCAGCAAGAAGAAGAUCUGCACAAAGAAACCUCGCUUCAUGUCGGCCUGUGCUCAGCUCAUCAUUGCCUUCCUCCUCAUUCUGCUGCAGCUGGGCAUCAUCGUGGCUCUGUUCCUCAUGGAGCCACCUAAGGUAAUCCAUGACUACCCAAGCAUCCGACAGGUCAACCUCAUUUGCAACACCACUAACCUGGGUGUGGUGGCUCCUCUUGGAUACAAUGGCCUGCUCAUCCUCAGCUGCACCUUCUAUGCCUUCAAGACCCGCAACGUCCCUGCUAAUUUCAAUGAGGCCAAGUACAUCGCCUUCACCAUGUACACCACCUGUAUUAUCUGGCUGGCCUUUGUUCCCAUCUACUUUGGUUCCAACUACAAAAUCAUCACCAUGUGCUUCAGUGUCAGCCUGAGCGCCACUGUGGCUCUGUGCUGCAUGUUCGUACCCAAGGUGUACAUUAUUCUGGCUAAACCAGAGCGUAACGUGCGCAGUGCCUUUACCACUAGCACAGUGGUACGCAUGCAUGUGGGCGACGGCAAAUCAUCCUCAGCUGCCAGCCGUUCUUCAAGUCUGGUUAACCUGUGGAAACGUAGAGGCUCGACUGGAGAGACACUAAGCUCCAAUGGUAAAUCAGUGUCUUGGGCACAGACGGAGCGCAGCAGCACACGGGGUAACCACCUGUGGCAGCGGCUGUCUUUCCACAUCAAGAAGAAGGAGAACAAUCAGACUGCCGUCAUCAAGCCCUUUUCCAAAACCUCUGAGGAGCGUUAUUGUGGCAGCGGGGACCUGCCCCCACACGCCCCGCUGCCCUCCCUCCCCUCCAUGUCCUCCCUGCCCUCUCAUCCCGACUCUGUCACUGACAAGACCCUGUACGACCUCUCUGAAGCUGAGGAGCGAUACUCCAUCACCUACCGACCGCAGACUCCUUCACCAAUCAGUACAGUGAGCCAGAGGCUCGGGGCGGGAUCUGUUGAGGAGCCUCAGAUGACCGGUAUCCCACAGUACCAGAGCAGCAUUUGCAGUGCAGGCAGUGGCAGCAGUUGUGGUCCUGCUAGCGGCUCAAUCAUUGUUGGGAGUGAUGGUCACUUGAUUGUCAUGGAUGAUCGCUCCGGGGUACCACAGGUCACACUGAUGGAUCAGAUCAGCUGUGUGGUGAAUCGCUUCACGGCCAACAUCUCAGAGCUGAACAGCAUGAUGUUAAUGCCCUCUCCAACACACUCACACACGCACAAACCCGCGUCUCCUUCUCCUCAUCCCCCUGACCCCUACAUGCUCCCCCGAGAGAUCCCAAUGCCCCCCACCCUCACCACAUAUGCCGACGUCCAGCCCCUUCCAACUGUGGAAUCCAGCUUGGGUGGCCGGGGCGGCUGUCCAAUUCACUCUAUUCCUCAUUCGCCUUAUCCCCUGCCGCCUCCUCACCCCCAGACCUCUCCCUCUCUCUCCCCCAUGCGAGGAGGUCUGAUCAGCUCUUCACCGCUGAGGAGAGCGGAGUUGGACGAGGAACUCAUCGCUUUGACUCCGCCGUCACCUUUCCGCGAUUCCCUCGCGUCCAGUAGUGGCUCACCUGUCUCAGAGACGGGUCUUUUUCUCCCCCCAGCGCCCUCCCAUCCUCCCCCCUCCCCACCUUCGCCAAGGUACAGCAGACUGACACUCAGAAACUACAGCCAGAGUUCAUCCUCACUGUGAGCUUAAAGGGAGGAAAUCACAGAAAUUAAGAGGAGCACUCGAAAAACCCCUCGUCAACAUGAGGAAAGGGGCGAGUAUUGGGAGGACUUCCUGCAUGGAGUAAAAUCCUGAAGUUAAGGAGUCAUAGAGGCUGGUUGGUGAAGACGCCAAGUUGCGGUAGUCUGCUAUGUUCGUCUAUGGUGUUUACAUGUUUGCAGUAAGAUGCAGGUUUCAAAAGCUUGUCAUCGAUGUGUUUUCUUAGUGUUGUUUCCAACGAUUGGGACACAAAUUGCUGCAACAGUGGCCACUAGAACUGCUGUGCUUUGGUGUCUGUAAAGCCAGAGAUCUUGAUCUGAGGUCCAGAGCUGUGUAUAGUUUAGGUUUGGGUAGUGGCCUUAAGGUAAU